AUGGAUGAAAGGGGAUACAAACAUAGAAGAACUGAUGAGGAAAUACUUUCUGAUUCCAAUUUUGUUCCAUCCGAAUAUAUCAGAGAAAGACUUAAGGAUUCCAAAUUAGGAUGUGAAAGUCGAGAUCUCAAGAACUUGCGUUCAGAAAUGAAUGCUAUCAGUACUGCAACGCAAGACGUUCUGAAAAAUAGUGUUUUUGAGAACUAUCAGCAGUUCAUUGAUACUUCUAAAGAGAUUUCACACUUGGAAAGAGAAGUCUAUCAACUUUCAUCCUUACUUAUGGAUCAGAAACAACUUAUUGAGAACUUGAUUCAGAUGAAUAGUGAUGAUAAAACAUCUUUGCAUACAGUUUCUAGUCAAUCAGCAGUAGGAGGAAACAACCCCAUACAACUGCUCAUGCAACGAAUGGAUGGAAUAGCGGGUAUUUUGAAUAACCUCCGAUCUUGCGAUCGUGUCAUCUUGCAUGGUGAGAUGACUCUACUGGACGCUGAAACGAUGCAACCUCUUCAUAAAUCGAUGCUUAUAUUACUAACCGAUCGCCUUCUGAUUGGAAAUAUGGUCACCUCUGGGAAAUAUAAUUUGGAGUCAACAUUUUCUCUCAACAGUCUAGCAGCAGUUAAUGUUAAAGAUAGGGAGAAUCGCAUUUCCCGUGUUGACCAAAUACUGAAGCUACUCAUCUUUCCAGAACAGAGAUAUUAUCUUUGUGAAAGCGCUCGUGUCAAAAAGCUAUGGCUGGAUGAGCUCGAAAGAGCAAAAAGAGAAUUGUUGCACGAAGGAAGCUUGGCACGACAAGCUACCAUCAGAGGACGAAGAAAAACUGUGCAGGAGCGCAAGAAAGCUAGUCUCUCUCCUGUUCUGGAUGAGAAAACAGAGGAUCUGGAUGAUAUUCACGACGAAGACGAGUUGGCUUGGCUGGAAGAGUUACCCGCUGAACUCGAUGACUGUAUUGCUCAUAGAGAUUUGGAACAUGCAGUGGAACUUCUUCUUGAAUGGAAACAGUGUAAAACGAAGAAUCCUGCUGUGGAUGUUCAGCUGAACUCUCGAAAGAAGCAGGUCAUACAACUUCUUAGUGAUGACGUUAGACGACCUGGUGCAGUUCAUGGAGGCCCAAGAGCGAUGAAAAAAGCACGUACCUUAUUGACACAAUUAGGAAGAGGUACAUAUGCUCUUGAUUUAUAUCUGAAGAGAAGAAGCGCACUUCAAAGAAAUGCUUGUCGUGAAAUUGCUGUUUCCGAAGAGCCGCUCUCAUAUGUAAAGCAGCUAUGUCUUCUAUAUUCAUCAGCUGUAGACGAUGUGAUAAAAGAGUUUGACGAGCAUAGAGAAACAUAUUCAUUGGUGCUCCAAUGGUGUUCUGGAGAGCUCAUGGUGUUACUCUCUCUUGCCCGCAGACACGUCGUCGAAGUUGCUCCAACUAUCGCCGUUCUGAGCCAUACUUGGAGAAUUUUGAUGAAUACUAUGGAAGACAUAGCGUCUAAGGGAGUUGAGUUGACCUUUGAAGUAUACAGACUUCUCGGGCCAGCUAUGGAACAAGCUUUAGAGUCCAACUUCUUAAAUACUAUCCAAGGAAUUCGUUCUCGAAUGAAUGAAGAAAGGUGGAGACCCCUGAUAGUUGAGUCGGACUCUGCACUCAAUCGCCUUGUUGAAGAAUUGAGUGACGUGCAGUUGAAUGUUGACUGGACUGUUGCCUCUGAAGGAAAACCAGCACUGAACGUGUCAGCCCAUGCUAUUCAUUUCAGCAGAGUUGUAACUUCGCUUGCCAGAGACUUCCUGCCAUUCCUUGAAUCCCCACUUUUCCCACUUUGCGAACGUUUAAUGAAGGAAAUUUGGUUAGAAUAUUUACAACAUCUCUCUUCUGGAAUGAGUGAUAGUACUGUUUACGCGUACUCCACUACAUUUAUACUCACCCAAGUUUUAUCCCUCUGUGAAAAUACAUUAUGGGGAGAUGGGAGUGACGAUUUGUCCUCUAUUCUACCCGAACGCUUCCCUAAACUUGUACCCUAUGCCAAAGAUAGUGACGAAGAAGCUUUGGACGAAGAAGAAGUCGCCCAUGUUUAA